UUCCGCCUGACUUGAUUACGAAGAAAUCUCCGCUCUUCCCCCAGAACCGUCACCGGCGGCGAUCGUGAAAAGUGAAAACAGUUUCUCAAAGCUCUGUCUUCAACAAUGGCGACUGCUGCCGUCGAGAUGAAAGGACUUGAACCAUAUUACCAACAACACUACCACGAGCUCCAGCUCUUGGUUCGGCAGAAGUCGCUCAAUUACAAUCGUCUCGUAGCUCAACGGAAUGAGCUCAAUUCUGGAGUGAGGAGCAUGAGGGAAGAGGGGCAGCUGCUUCAGGAGCCUGGGUCUUACGUUGGGGAGGUUGUCAAAGUAAUGGGCAAAAAUAAGGUCUUAGUAAAGGUCCAUCCAGAGGGGAAAUACAUUGUGGAUGUCGACGAAAGUAUCGACAUCACAAAGAUCACACCUUCGACAAGGGUGGCUCUUCGUAACGACAGCUAUGUUCUUCACCUUGUGUUGCCCAGCAAGGUGGAUCCUCUGGUCAAUCUUAUGAAAGUUGAGAAGGUUCCGGAUUCUACCUAUGAUAUGAUUGGUGGGCUUGAUCAACAGAUUAAAGAAAUGAAGGAGCUCAUUGAACUUCCAAUUAAACACCCUGAAUUGUUCGAGAGCCUUGGAAUUGCUCAACCGAAGGGUGUCUUACUGUAUGGUCCACCUGGAACUGGGAAAACUCUCUUGGCUAGAGCUGUUGCCCAUCAUACUGACUGCACUUUCAUUAGGGUCUCUGGUUCUGAACUAGUUCAGAAGUACAUUGGUGAAGGCUCCAGAAUGGUCAGGGAGCUUUUUGUUAUGGCAAGAGAGCAUGCACCAUCUAUCAUCUUCAUGGAUGAAAUCGAUAGUAUUGGUUCUGCUCGAAUGGAAUCAGGAAGUGGCAGUGGCGACAGUGAGGUGCAGAGAACUAUGCUUGAGCUGCUCAAUCAGCUUGAUGGAUUUGAAGCAUCUAACAAGAUCAAGGUCCUGAUGGCCACAAAUCGUAUCGAUAUUCUUGAUCAAGCUCUGCUCAGGCCUGGACGAAUCGACAGGAAGAUCGAGUUCCCUAAUCCUAAUGAAGACUCUCGCUGGGAUAUCUUGAAAAUUCAUUCAAGGAGAAUGAACUUGAUGCGUGGGAUUGACUUGAAGAAGAUAGCAGAAAAGAUGAAUGGAGCAUCAGGUGCAGAGCUCAAGGCGGUGUGCACAGAGGCAGGGAUGUUUGCGCUCAGGGAGAGGAGGGUGCACGUAACACAGGAAGAUUUCGAGAUGGCGGUGGCUAAGGUUAUGAAGAAGGAGACGGAGAAGAACAUGUCGUUGAGGAAGCUGUGGAAGUAAUUGAUGAAACAAGAGAUGGAGAGCUGCAAAGAACUACUAGGUUAUUGAUUAGAGUAAACCUAAGAGCUAAUUUUUAUAUGAUACAUGAGUGUCCUCUUAAGUGGGAAGCAUGACUAUCUUGGCAGAAUGAUACUUAUUUUGUUUCGUGGAUUCAUAGUAUUAUUUACUAAUUUCAUGUUCUUGAUUUAUACAAAAACAUAUCACUACAUC